CAUUUCACUGACCUAACUGCAUAACAACAUAAACAAAAAUGGGAGACUUAGCAUGCUUUGGCGUUGUGAUGACUUGACUCGAUUCUUUACAUGACAAUCUUUCAGAUUGUAUUUUAACAUUUUAUACAAACAAACGCGCUCUGGUUUGAGAUUUAAAGCAUAUCUGAAGCGUUUAGCGGCGAAUGUGACAUCUGUGAUGAACAGCUCGGGUCAUGAUGGACAGCGAUCUGAGCCCACAGGACAGGAAAGACUUGGACAAAUUCAUCAAAUUUUUUGUCUUGAAGACAGUGCAGGUGAUCGUACAAGCUCGUCUGGGCGAGAAGAUCUGCACUCGCUCGUCCUCUUCCCCCACAGGCUCAGACUGGUUCACCCUGGCAAUUAAAGACAUCCCAGAGGUGACCCAUGAAGCUAAAAAAGCACUGGCUGGACAGCUGCCCACUGUUGGACGCUCCAUGUGUGUGGAGAUUUCCCUGAAAACGUCAGAGGGGGAUUCAAUGGAACUGGAAACAUGGUGCUUGGAGAUGAACGAGAAGUGUGAAAAGGACAUUAAAGUCUCCUACACGGUUUACACACGCCUGUCCCUGCUCCUGAAAUCUCUCCUGGCCAUCACCAGAGUUACUCCUGCUUACAAACUGUCACGCAAACAAGGCCAUGAUUAUGUCAUCCUGUACAGGAUAUAUUUUGGUGAUGUACAGUUAACAGGACUGGGUGAAGGUUUCCAGACAGUACGUGUAGGAGUUGUAGGUACUCCUAUAGGAACCCUCACACUCUCCUGUGCGUACCGCACCAAUCUGGCCCUCAUGUCCUCCAGGCAGUUUGAGAGGACGGGCCCAAUUAUGGGCAUCAUCAUUGACCAUUUUGUGGAGCGUCCACUCGGGAACACGGCCCUCAUGCACCCCUGCAACUACAGAGCUCCAGGUGAGGAAGAGGGUGGGGUUUAUGCUGGAGUGGAGGACUCGCAGGAAGUGUGCACCACCUCCUUUUCCACUUCUCCUCCAUCUCAGUGUCUGUGUACAGUAAGUCAGGCACAUAGUAAAACUCCUAAACCUGCUCUGAUGGCCACUCUGAAGGUCCCUGUGAUGGGGCUGGGCUUCUCACAGCAACUUUGCACUUCUCGUCUGUCAUAUCAGACUCCCCCCCUGGGGCCUGUAGAUUUGUGCCAUCCUACUGCCUGCACUGCUGUUGCCCACCCACACCAGAUAGCUGUUCCAGGGAAGGAAGGUGGAGUCCCGCAGGUGAUGGUUCAGCCCAGUCAUGGCACUCAGGCAGAUCAUGGGCGUGUCCCGUCCUGCCCCUCAGCAGACACACCCCACCCUCCACCCUCCAGCUGCAGCAGCGGUGAUACAGACGUGUUGUCGCGAAGCAGUGAAGGGAAGAGCGUGUCCCCUUCAGACGCCCCUGAGACGACCUUCACCAGGAAAGUGGGAGCUUUCGUCAACAAACCCACCACACAGGUGACCACUGCCAGUCUGGAUCUGCCGUUUGCUGCGUUUGCUCCAAGAGGUUACGACCUGGAGGAGAACGACCCCAUGGUGCAGCCACCAGCAUCACCCACUUCCUCCUCUCCAUUACAAGACAGUCUUCACUCACAGAGCUCCAGCCAGAGUGGAGGUCAAGCACAAGAUGACUUUGUUAUGGUUGAUUUUAAACCAGCGUUCUCAAAGGACGACCUGUUGCCGAUGGACCUGGGCACUUUUUACAGAGAGUUUCAGAACCCUCCCCAACUCACAAGCCUUUCCAUCGAUGUCAGCGCUCAGUCUAUGGCUGAAGACUUGGACUCUCUGCCAGAGAAGCUGGCCAUCUACGAGAAGAACAUCGAUGAGUUUGACGCAUUUGUGGACACACUACAGUAAAUCACGACAAAAUCAGACUACUCUUAAAGUCUUUUCCCUUUUCUUUCUUUUUUUUUUUUUUUUUUUUUUUUGGCUGAUUAUUUUGGGGUUUCCUGUACGUCUGCCUUUUUUUUUUUUUUGCCUAUUUUUAAGCCAUAUGCUGUAAUAUUUAAAGCUCUUUUCUGUUGCAUCCACUUCCUGAUAUUCUUGAGCAUGAUUCAUGAUUCCAGCCUAGAGUAUGAGGUGUUAGGUAAAUAGUUAAUAGUACAAAAAAAGCCAGUAGUCUGUAAAACAGGUUCCUUUUGGUCGUCAAGUAUUGUUUUUUUGUUUUUUUUUAAUAAAUGCAUCCAUCACAAACUCCUUUAGCAUCAUGACAAACCAAAAUGUCUCAGUGGAGAACCCAUGCGAGAUCAGACCCUGAGUGAAUUCUAUGGAUCCAUUUGCGUUGGAUUCAUUAUAAAAGAAUUACUUUUAUUUGAAAGGUGGAGUUCGUGUGGAGGAACCUCGGCAAGUCCAAAUCAUUGUAAUGAAUGUAUAUAGUGCACACUUUAAUUUAAUUUAAUUUUAUAGAGCACUGCCAAGAGGUAAAAAGCCCACACGCAUCUGAUAUACUCUGCACAAAUCUCAGUGGAAUCCUAGUAAUGCUUCAUUUACUAACAUUUACACCAGUUUAAGAUGAAACCAAAAAAGAAAAAAAACCUACAUCCACUUCUACUCACGAACAGCAUCAGAGCUGAAACCUGUCCGAUGGAGUGGGAGCGUAUGCUGGAAGAGCAGCCUUGUGUGUGGAUCCAUUUACUAGAGAGACAUCUGUACCAGUACUGGGAAAAAGUAUUCACGCAACAUCGUACUCAUUUACCCUGAUAAAGAUGCUCGGAUGCAGCACACUGUGUGAUACUGUAAGAUGUAAGCCUAGUGUCUGAUGCUCUGCUAGUGAACAGAGAGCACAGAAUGAUCUGGAAGUUUUUCAUGAUGAACGAUGAAAACAAAGCAGUGUUUGCUCUGUGAAACUGACUAGCGGAAGAGCUACAGCAUCUUCCUGUACUAUAGCAGAAACCUGAUGUAGAAAGAAAGGCAGAUUCUUGUUAGAGUACAAAGAUGAUCAGGUUUAGUUUGCAGGGCUCAAAAGUCACCUUUUAACGAGUAAAGUUUGAUGACGUCCCUGAUUACUUAUUACUAAGUAGGAUACUUAUUUCAGUGCUGGUAUUGACGUCAACAAGCACCAAAAACAUGUACUUAGCCUAAAAAAAGUAUUGAUCUCUACAUUAAAGUUUUUAGCGAGUCACUCAUUCACCUCCGCUUCUUCAUGAAGCAAUCAGAGCACUAAAUAAUGCCAUGCAUCGACACUCUGCUCCUGAUCCCUUCCUGACCACAUGGAUGUUCUCCAGAUUUAUUCCUUGCUCAUAUUUUUAAUAUUUAAGAAUUUGCUUGAAGCAUGUAUGAAUUUGAUUCUUGAUUCAAGAAUCCUAAUUAUCCUUUAUGAUCAUAAGAUUUUAAGAACUUCUACUAAAGCCGACAGCGUAGUCUAGAGCAACACUGUUCACCUUCCUCUGUCUCUAGUGUUCCUGUGUUACAGUUGGUGUUUUAGGAAAAACACUGUUCCCUGGCAUGUACAUGUGUGCAAUAAACCGCUUUAUUUCAAAA